AUGCAUAUCCACAAGCUGAGGAAAAAAAUAAAAAAGAAAAAAGAGGGGAAAUAUCUCACGAAAAAGUACAUAUUGAAAAAGCUCUACUUGAAGGAAAAAGAAUUUCGAAAGUUAUGCAUAUUCAAAGGAAUAUAUCCAAAAGAUUUUAAAGAAAUUCCAUUAAAAUAUAGAAAAAAGUUUUACAAACAUAAAGUAUACUAUUCAAAGAAUGAUUAUAAAAGUUUAUCGCAUGAAAAAAUUAUCCAAGAUUUUCGAAAAAUAACAACAUGCUUGAAAAAAUAUAAAAAAUAUAAAAUAGCAUUAGAAGAUGAAGAAAAAUGUAAAAAAAUAAUAAAAAAUUUUCCUACCUACUCAUUGGAUCACAUAAUUAAAGAAAGAUUUCCCAUAUUUUCUUAUGCAAUAGAACAGUUAGAUGAUGCACUAAGUUCAGUAAUUGCUUACUCAUUGUUACCAUCAGAUGAAACAUUUGGAAUUAAGAAUAAUUUUGUAAAAAAUUGCCAAAUGCUAAAAAAUCAGUUUCACUAUUAUAUUUACAAAACCAGUAAAAUAAAAAAAGGUUUUAUAAGUGUAAAGGGAUAUUAUUUACAAGCACAAAUAUUGCAAAAGAAAGUUACUUGGCUUAUCCCUCAUGUUUUUACACCAUAUUUAGAUAAAUCUAUAGACUUCUCCAUCAUAACAACUUUUAUUGAAUACUACAUUUCUUUUUUAAAAUUUGUAUUAUUCAAGUUGUACAAAAUGGACAAUAUGACCUAUCCCCCUGAACAAAAUGAAAAAUUAAAAAAUGAAAAAUUAAAUCAUCUUUCCUAUGAUGAAUAUUUCAUUUCUUUUUGUAAAUCCAAGCUGGUAUCAGAAGAUGACCAGCUUCAGAUUGAAAAAACAAAUAAUGAGAAGAAUAGCAAUGGUGGAAUGGACCAUACCAAUGUCAGCUUGAUUGCACAAGCGGUAGGAGAAUUAACUCAAGAGAAUAAUCGAGUCAUGAGAAAAAAACAAAUCAAACAUCAUUUGGAAAAUCUGGAGAAUCUAUCUACUAAAGAACAAGAAUCAAGUGAACAAAGGACAGAAGAACAAGUAAACCAUAACAUAAACAAUGAACAUGAUAAUUUGAAGGAACUAUUCACAAAUCAAGUAUAUUACAUCCACACCGAUAUGCCAUUUGACAUAUUGUCAAUUAUCAUUCUUUCAUGUGGAGGUUCCAUAGCUUGGAAUUCCCCUUAUUCUCCAUAUACACUGGAUGAUGAAAAAAUUACACAUGAAAUUUUAGAAUCACGUGAAGUUUUAGAAUCACAUGAAGGGCAAGAAGGUAUUACACAAGUCAUUAAACAAAAUUAUCAAAGGAUGUAUAUACAACCACAAUACAUAUUUGAUUGUUUGAAUCGAAAAAAAAUACUCCCAUGUAGUGAUUACUCCACGGAUGUUAAGAAAUUGCCUGUACAUUUAUCUCCAUUUAUUGAAGAUGACAAUUUUAAAAAUUUUGUAAAAAAAGAGGAAUAUACAAUAAAUAAAAUUUUGAACCAAGACGCGGAAAUUUACAAUAAUGGUAAUAAUGCUUCUCCUAAUGCAGCAACUAAUUAUGACCAUGCUGAACGAACAAAUAAUGAUAACGAACUUUUAAAAUCAGAUGAUGAGAUUAAUAAUGUAAACCUACAGAAAUUUAGAAAUGCUUGUUUAAAUAAUCAAAUGGAGUUAGAAAAUGAAGAUAAUUACAUGCCCAAAAUGCUGAACUCCACAAACGGUUCGCAAAAUGAUAACAGAAUCAGCCAAUUAGAUGAAACCAGGCAAAACGUACACAGGCAAAAAAUGGCUUUGAGUAAAAAAAAAAGAAAAUUGUAUGCAAGAAUAGAACGAUCGGAAAAAAAACAAAAAGCCACAAUUGAAAAGUUUAUUAAUAAGGCCAAGUGGAAAAAGCAAAAGGCCAAAAAAUAG